GGGAGAAAUAAUAGAGGAAGACGAGUUGCAGAAGAAAAGGGGAUUGUCGUCCGUGGUGAACAUGACGCGCUGCUGCUCAGCCUCUCAUCUCCACCCAUCGCACAAACCAAAUCACUCUCAAUUCCUCACAUAAACAAAUCACUCAUCGGGCUCAAAUCUCACCCCAUCUUUUCAUCGGUCUUUGAUGGAAAAUCCUCAGUCCAGAAUUCCUUCGCUUUCAUCAGAGUUAUAUUCCAUCUUAAUUCUGGCUGGAUGUAUCUUUAUCAGUUCUGGUUUUUCAAUGAGAUCACAAAGUGUGCCGAAAUUCGUUGAUAGGGAUUUCGUUCCUCUCUCUAGAACACGGUUACUGGAACACAUUGAAUGAUAAGGUGAUAAUGUUAUGCUUGGAAGAUAUUUUUUUCCACACCAACGCCACAGGGGAUGCGUGAGAGAGACUUCAUAUUUUUAGAAUCCAAAGAUGGUUUUGACAGUGCCGUCAUAUACCGGCAUUGAGAGGAUGGUGACAAUGAAAACAUUUGGAGCUGAUUUAAUAGUUACAGACCCAACCAAGGGCAUGGGUAAAGCAGUAAGGAAAGCUUACCAGCUUCUGGAGUCUACAUCAGAUGCUUUUAUGCUUCAGUAGUUCUUUAAUCCUGCAAAUACUCAACUAUGUAUUUUAUUGAUCUCUCUUUCUCUAUCACCCCCUUCUUGAUUGUUCGAUAGUAAAAGAAAAGAAAAGAAAAGUAGCUGCCGUU